UGUGUGGCCGCCGGGCGGGCACACGGCUGUUUCCGGGUUAGAGGCCCCGGAGCAGAGAGAGAGGCUGUGGGUUUAUGAGUGACCCAAAAGUUCUCUUUACGCUGAGCCGCCAGGGAGUGGGGCAAAGAUGCCAAUACCACCUCCCCCUCCCCCUGGACCACCCCCACCCCCAACUUUCAAUCAGGCAAAUACAGAGCCUCCAAAACUGAACCGGGAUGACCAGCGAGGGAGGGGAGCCCUCCUGCAAGACAUCUGUAAAGGGACCAGGUUGAAAAAGGUGGCCCAGGUCAAUGACCGGAGUGCACCCAUCAUUGAGAAAUCCAAGGGCAGUGGCAGCUACGGUUCUAGCGCAUCUCCCCUGCAACCAAAAGGGGGUCUUUUCCAAGGCGGUGUCCCUAAGCUUCGACCUGUGGGAGUAAAGGACAAUUCAGACAGCCCCUCUGGAAAACAGUUGCUUCAAGUUCCUGGGUCCAGAUCAGCCGCACCACGGCCCCCUGUGCCGGCCACCGGUAGUCGGCCCCAAGAUGACACGGAUAACAGUCGGGCUUCUCCCCCAGAGCUUCCACGCAUGCAGAGACCUUCCUUGCCAGAUCUCUCACGGCCAAAUAGUGCCAGCAGCACUGGCAUGAAACACAGCUCAUCAGCCCCACCACCUCCGCCACCAGGACGCCGAGCCAAUGCACUGCCUGCUCCCCCGUCCUUGCACAACAGCAAAGCACCUUCCUACAACCGCGAGAAGCCAUUGCCACCAACUCCAGGACAGCGCCCCCCAGGGAGUCGGGAUGGACCACCAGCUCCUCCCCCCAUCAAGCCACCCCCUUCCCCAGUGAACAUCCGGACAGGACCAAGCAGUCAGAGCCAUUCUUUGGCGCCCCCUCCUCCCCCCUACCGGCAACCUCCUGGUGUCCCCAAUGGUCCUGCCAGCCCCACCAAUGAAUCUGCCCCUGAGCUUCCCCAGAGACACAAUUCGUUGCAUAGAAAGACGCCCGGGCCUGGGAGGGGCAUGGCACCUCCCCCACCCCCUUCAGCCUCCCCUUCUUUACAGAGCAAUCGCCCCCCACCUCCUGCCCGUGAUCCUCCAAGCCGUGGCGCAGCCCCUCCGCCGCCGCCACCACCCAUAAUCCGAAAUGGUGGUAGAGAUGCCCCGCCCCCGCCCCCGCCCUACAGAAUGCAUGGGUCUUCAGAUCCCACAAGCCGUGGGAAACCACCACCACCACCCACCAGAACGCCAGUUGGACCACCACCUCCUCCCCCACCAAUGAGAAAUGGACACCGGGACUCCAUCUCCACUGUCAGGUCUUUCUUUGAUGACUUUGAAUCUAAAUACUCUUUUCAUCCAGUUGAAGACUUCCCAGCUCCCGAAGAGUUCAAGCACUUCCAAAGGAUUUAUCCCAGCAAAACUAACAGAGCUACUCGAGGAGCCCCUCCCCUGCCUCCCAUCCCCAGGUGAAAAACAGCAGCUGGGGAUUGUUGCACAGUACCGAAAUGAAUGGACCUGUGUUUUUCUCAGAUUUCCCAUUCCCUUCCCAUCCUUCAGAAACCUGCAUGAGAAACACAUUCCUGCUGUUGAUCCCCUCCCCACAACUGUUUCAAGAACCUGGAUGAAUCUACCACUCCUCAUCUCCAUCUAUGCAUUUCAGCUGGGUGAGAACCCUCUUCUGCAGAUCUGUGUGGGUUUCUCACUUUCCCUGCCACUUCUGUCAUGGAGAGAGAGACUGGUUCAUAAACCACUACUGUUCAAGAAUAAGUGCGCAAUGAAUAUUUUCCCAAAAAGCAAGCUAAACAGGACAGUUUUGGAACUGUGAGUCAGGUUGAAACAACUUUUUCCUAAAUGCUUGCCUAGCAUAGGGGAGGGAAAUGCCUACAAAUUGGGUGAAAUGCAGAAUUCUGAUUUUUAAGAGGGAUAGCAUUGAAAGGACUGAAAUGGCUAUUCCACUUUUGAAUGCAAACACUACAUACUAACUCAUUAAAUUGUGUAACUUGAAGAAGGGGAGGGAAGAAAAUGAGUAUAAAGAGUAUCCCUUAGAGCAAAUUCUAAAUGGGAAAAGCUACACAAAUGUAGUAGUACCAAUGGUAGCACAAGAGAAAUUCGGAGUGUACAUCAGUUACUUUGCUAUAUUGUUGCAGUGUUCCUUGUCCUGCAGAUCUGGAGCCAUUAUCUUACUCAGGAGUGUCAGCUCCUGGCAUCCCAGUCCAAUCUGUUGUGACUCCUAAUGUUGUUGUGCCUCUGCACUGUAAAAGGUCCAGGAAUCACAUAUGUACAGACAUUACAUUUCGUGGCCACCACUGCCACAUGUGCAGUAUUCAUAAACAGCGUGGCCGGGACGAAGACAGUAGCAGCCACUGAAAGCAGCAGAGGAAAGGCAUACAGGCAAAAAUUGGGGUGGAGGCUGGGAGGCCUAGGUUGGGCAAGCUUGUGAGAGACAUGCAGCAGCAUGAUGGUGCCUAUAAACAAAAUAUUGAGAUACCAUGGACAUAGAUGCUCAGCAAUGCAGGACAUGUGCUUUAGGCCCCAUGUUGUUUUGGUAGGACUGCCUUGCCCCUUCUUCAGAAGAUCACACCUUACUGUUUCCAAAAAAGGAGUCCUUUCUUAUCUCCUUGUGCUAUGAAUAUCUUUGAGAUGGACCUCAACCAUCCGGCAGCAGGCAUGUUUUGGCUUACCUCUGUGUUGAGGAGUGGAUGGGCGCUGGCUGCUUGCUCAGCCCAAGGAGGGCAUCACUGAAGCAGGUCGAAUUGAGACAUGGUCAGCUCUGGUUAUGAGUAGUAUUCCUAGAAUAUCCACAACUAGUGUUCAAUUUUUUUAAAAAAUUAAAAUGCUUAAAUAAUCAGCUGUUCUAACUCAAAGUUGAUCACGAAUCGUUAAUAACCUUCUCCAGCAAAAUAACUUUUAGAGUUGGGGAGAGUGUCGAGCUCCCCACGUGCUUUAUUCUUCUCAGUUGUAGACACAGUGUUCUCUGGGUUUCUUGCACAUGCUUGUGAGGAAGAGGGUUUACAUCUCUGUACAUGACUGCUGGGAUGCCUGUUAUGUGACAGUGUUGCCAAGCUGAUCUCAGUCUCCUGGUUGUGACAUGGAAAACUUGGCCUAGCAUCAGAGGGAAGUUUUAUAGUGCUGGCCUUGUGCUUGAGGUCAAAGCAGAGGUAUUCCUGCUUGGUCGUUCCCCCCCCCCCCCCACACACACACACACAUUCCAGAAAGAAAACUUCCAAGUUGUGGAUUGCACACAUGCUUCUCAAUGCAGUAAUUUGCUGUGUUGAAAAUAUUCCCAUGUGGGAAUGCAUGUCUGUCUUUCUCCAUGCACGUACAUACAGCCUGCUGGGAAAGCAGUGAAAGUGCCCCACUCUGGGCUGAACAGCACUGAUCCUGGCCCUGGAGCAGAAGCGGAUUUAUUCUCUUCUUGCCCCUUACUCUCAUUUAUACUCUGUGCAGAUGGUUAUAACAUCAAACCUAGCUGGCUUGUUGGGGGUUUUGCCUUACAGAUUACGUCAGUCAUGUGAUUGGUACCAGAUUUAUUAUAAUUAUUGUGUAUAUUGACUCUUAAGUAACGGGGGUGGGGAAAUAUGUGUUAUAAUCAUAAAUAUUGAUCUAUUUUAUAUGUUGUAAAAAGUUUGUAGGCUUGCCGGCCGUAUACUACAAAAGUUCCCUCACCUUCUACUUAUCUUUUUUUUUUUCCUACGAUGAUGGAAUUUCAUCUGCUUUUAUGUUUAAGACCAGGCAGUCUCUCAUGUUGAGGGGCUAGUGCUUGGUUGGAGGAAUUGCUUUUUUUUUUCUGGAGGAAAAUUUAAAUCUUACCCAGCAUAGUUCGCUGGGAAGAAAAGUUAAAUGCACUGUGCAUUUGUGUAUGUAUGUGUGUGUCGGGUGGGAGGGGAUUUUUUUUUUUUAAGGUUAUAUUCCCUGUAACGUUGGUUUCCAGUAAGUAAAUCUUUUGGGAAGCAACUGUGAAGGGCGUUCCAGGCAGUCAAAUGAGAACUUAAUAAAAGAGGUACAUGUGUUAUACUUGCAUGUAUUGGGCCAAAGCAUUGGUUUCUUCCUCCCCCUUUUCACCUGUAAGUGCGUUGGGCUUUUAUUGCCUGGGUGGGUGGGAUGUGUUUGCGUUUUCCUUACUGACCAAGAGUGUUUGUACAAGGGGACCUUAGCACAUACAAACAUUUUCCUAUCUCACUCUUUCCUGAAAGCUCAGGGCAGGUUUCUACAGCAUUUAAAACCAAACCACAAACCCUUAAAAAUAAAAAUCACAAGAUCACCACCACCAAAAUGCAUAUCCUCAGUUCACCCUCUUAGCUCAGAGAUGGACUAUGUCAAAAUGUACUUGAGUUUGUGCUGAAAGCUGCUGCCACACAUUAUUGUUGGAGACUCUGGGCCAGUUAGAUAUUCACAUUGAUAUACCACUUAAUGUUUUUCCUCUGGGCUGUACCAUUCAGGCUGCAGAUGUGGGUACUUGCAUGUUUGAGUAAGGACAUAAGAGCCAUGCUGGAUCAGACCAUGGGUCCAUCUAGCCCAGCUCUCUGUUCACACAUUGGGACCAGGGACCCACAAGCAGGACAUGGUGCAACAGCAACCUCCCACCCAUGUUCCCCAGCAACUGAUGCACAUAUGUAUACUGCCUCGGAUACUGGAGAUUGUAUCUAGCCAUCAUGACUAGUAGCCAUUGCUAGCCUUCUCCACCAGGAAUUUAUCCAACCCCCUUUUAAAGCCAUCCAAAUUGGUGGCCAUCACAUCUUGUGGUAGUGAAUUCCAUAGUUUAGUAUAACUAUGUGCUGUGUGAAUAAGUACUUCCUUUUAUCUGCCCUGAAUCCCCCAUCAGUCAGCUUCAUGGCAUAAUACUGAGUUUUAGUAUUGCCCCAUCUUAGAAAGCUCCCUGCCUUCUAGGUGCAGGUUUUUAAAAGAGUAUUGAAACGUCUCUUCUCCCCCCUCAAAGAAAAAUCCUGAAGAAUAAACCAAGAUAAGCUUUUAUUCUGAAUGUACUAUCCGACAUUUCUCUAGUUGGCCCUGUUGAGAUUUUUUCCAGGAUCAGCUAAAAGAAAAUGCAUAAUCUGACUAUAACCUGGAUGCAGCUCUUAGGUCUCAUAUGCCUGGUUUCCUGAAACAUUUGUUCUACAGUUUUGGAUCAUAGAUCAAAAGAACAUGGCAAUGAAUGAAGAUAUUCAGAUAGUUCUAGACAUGAAAGACAUAUAUAAUGCUGCUGCCAAGGUUGACUGCACCAUUUUUGAGAUGUAAAUUCAGAGGAUUGAUUCAAGCAGCUCUUAAUCAGUGCUGUGUGCCACAAUGCUAACAAGUGCAGAUAAUACUCCAAUGUGGUCCUGAUGCAGACACCCAGCUUCCUGAGGAUGUUUACUUGAAAAAAGAGAUUUUAGCCCUUCUGUUACAAAGAUACUUAGAAACUCAACCAGUGUGAUAGGCUGGACAGUUUUUCCAGUGGUCCAGGGAGAGGCCUACAUAGGUUUUAACCCUUCCCAUGUCUAGCAGUAGAAUAAAUGAUACAAAAUAGUAAAAUAAAAAUGCAGGAUCAUGCAAAAUAGCUAAUUUGCCUAACUUAUACAGGUUAUAGAAUUCCACAUUUCUUGGUUCAGGAUUUAGGCUACCCUGGCUCAGUUUUUUUUUUUUUUUAGUGCAGGUUAUACCCAGUUCUUCUCAAUGUUGUAACCAUACUAGUCUUCCAUUGCAAUUGUAGUGUGAAACCACGCAUGUGUCCCAGGGCAAAGGCCCUUAUGGACGGGUGUAAUGUGUCCAUUGUUGAACAGCAAGUUCUUCAAGCUUCAUUCACUGUGCCUUAUCCUUAAGUGGCUCCCAGUGAGUUUUUGUUUUGUGUGCGCAUUUAUAAGUGGGGAGGAAUAUCUCUCAAUGGUUAGUAUCAUGCAAGCCUAGAUGCACUCCGUAUGCUUUGUGUUAAUGCUUUUGUUUAACUACCAUUACCCUUAACUAGAGAAACACUACUGAGAGCCACUUCCUGUGGUUUCAAGGACCAGAAUAGGGGGUCUCUUGCACUGUUACUUUUUUUUUUCAAAUCUGCCCUUUGCCUUUAAGAUAAAACUGUCCUUUGUGUACCUCUCACCUUUUACUUUUCUUUGCAAAGGUUUGAAAAAAGGUUUCCUCUAGGCUGUCUGUGAUUGAAGAAUCCCAGGAUUCUUGAGUCUUUCACUGUGGGCAGACACAUAUGGCUUGUGUUAAACAAAAAAUGGCAUCUUAAAGGGGCUUGCAUAUAACAUUCUUUUACAAUUUUGUUACUCCAUUACAAAAUAAGCAGCUGUGAGAACUCUGUUAAUGUGGCAUUUGGGUUUUUGGUCUUUGCAAUUUUUUAAAAAACAUAUUUUUGCCAUUAAAACAUCACAGUGGUUUGUGUGUGUCUAAAUUCUGCAGACUAUAAACUACCACAAUAACCAUAUGCUGUUUUCCUGUAUAAAUUCCAUGUUCUUGGAUGAAUGGGAGUACAUGAUAUAUUUUAUUCUAAGCACCUCUCUUCCUGAUGUUCUUUCCUAAUGGGAGCUCUGAAGAGCAUUGUCAGUUUCCUCUAAGGCUCAAUUGGAGUGGGCAGUAGUUUAAAGGAUGCUGCUCUUUUACAAAACUGUUGGUCGAGAGCUGGGCUUAGGGGUCAGUGAGUAGCUGUGUGCAAACACACAGUGAGACAUCCAGUGCAUCUGUGUCCUGCCAGCUGUACAGUUUUGUCCAGGAGGUGGAAGUUUUUUCAAGAUCAGCGCCUUUUCUCAUGGAUCCAUACCGUUCAUCAGAAUCCUAGUUUUGUUUUUAAUGAGCAAAUUACUAGUCCUCAUUGUUACUGUAGAGAUGAUGGCUUAACAUGUGAAGGUAGUAUCUGCUGAAGCCUCUUGAAAGGCUGGUUGAAGAGGCAGGGGGAGGGACUUUACUCUUACUCCAUACAUAUUACAUUUGAUAGUGCCUCCUUCUCUUACUAGUUCACUUUGCAAGACACUGUACCUAACCCACAGUAAGUGGUGUUGUCUCUAUUACAUUGUAACUGCAUCUACUGAUGCAGAAUUGAGUCUGUGUCCAUGAUCUAAUAAAUUAAUCAAGUAUA